AUCAUUCCUAUAUUAUAAUCAGAUAUAAAAAAAGAUGCCUUUUUGAGCUCAGAAUCUUUUUCAUGGAGAAAAAAAUAUGAAUAGAAUUGAGAAGAAAAGAAGGCGAGUGAACUGGUUCAAAUAUUUGCUUUUCAUGAUGAUGAUGAUGCUCUGCUUUUGAGAUUUUUAAACCAGCAAUGGAUGGAGGAGCUUGAAAUCCAUGCCCGGAAGGUAAAGUAUGGUAUAGCGUACUGCCGAGGUUGAGGGGCAAACGGCGCCGCAUUUGGAGGAGACAGCAAAGAACGCAAGGAAUAUCGUUCUUUGUAGAUAAUCAAAAUCAAAUUUUUGGGGGGUUAACGUUGUCAGGUGGUCUCCUUGUCCUGUUGAGUCACUCUGUGUCUAGCCGAUUUCUUUGGCUUCUCUCUCUAGCUUACGCAUUUGAUUCCUCUCUCUCUCUCUCUUCACCCUUUCUCUCUCUCCAUCUUCCUCUCUCUCUAAUCUGUGUCUUCUUCUUUCUGUGUCAUUGCAUUGCUUUCCUCUGCUUGCUUUGCUUUCCUCUUUCAUGGCAGAAGAAACAACUAAAUAUUUAUACAUGUGAGCAGAAACCCAGGAGACAGACAAUCAUAUUGUAGAUUGGUAUAGAUUUUUACAUUUUCAGAGACCCAAUAGUCUGGGCCGACACCCACCAAAAUUUAUAUUGAAUAAAGGCAGAAGAAAGAGGAGAGGAAAUGGGAUCAUCAUCAGGGCAAGGAAGCAACUAUGACCUGUCCUUCAAGAUCUUGCUGAUCGGGGACUCCGGGGUCGGCAAGAGCAGCCUCCUCGUCAGCUUCAUCUCUUCCUCUGUCGAAGGUCUUGCCCCUACCAUUGGUGUGGAUUUUAAGAUCAAGCUGCUCACGGUAGCUGGCAAGAGAGUAAAGCUAACAAUCUGGGACACUGCUGGUCAGGAAAGGUUCAGAACGCUGACGAGCUCCUACUAUAGGAAUGCCCAGGGAAUUAUUCUUGUCUAUGAUGUGACCAGAAGAGAGACGUUUACGAACUUAUCAGAUGUAUGGGCUAAGGAAGUCGAACUAUAUUCCACCAAUCAGGACUGUAUAAAGAUGCUCGUCGGGAACAAAGUCGAUAGAGAUUCGGAAAGGGCUGUAAGUACAGAAGAAGGAGUUGCUCUUGCAAAAGAGCUCGGGUGUUUGUUCCUUGAAUGCAGCGCAAAAACUAGAGCAAAUGUGGAGCAGUGCUUCGAAGAGCUUGCCUUAAAGUAUAUGUGCAGAUAAUGGACAUUCCAAGUCUCUUAGAAGAAGGAUCCACCGGCAUCAAGAGAAACAUUCUCAAGCAAAAGCAAGAACAGCAAGCACCUCCUCUCAGUGGUUGUUGUUCAUAAUCUGCCACAUUACAGAGACAUCGUUCCCUGUGAAGGCUUCGGUUAUUCAACGGCAGCAAGAGAGACUUGGUGAGGAAGGCGACUUAGGCUUCUUUCUUGACCACUUCGAGCACAAAUCAUGUAUAUGCUAAACAACUUUUUAAUUGCUUGGGUUUCCCUCUCAGCGAUCUCUUGCUCUUUAUUAUGUAAUCAUGUUGUUGAUCAGUGAGUAUCCUCACUUGUACCAUCUUCUCAAAAUGCUGGGUCUCUUGAAUGCGUAUCUAUCUCAGGUAUAAUGCCUCGUGUUUCCUUCCUUUUA